AUGGAACGCCUUGAACGGCUGCUGUCUCGGCCUGCUGCCAAGCCCUAUCGUUCCAAGGCCUUCGAAGCCGGCGAAACGCUACAUCUGAACCACAAAGGCCAGCUCGACUUUUCUCCAAAUGACAUUGAGAACCCCAAGAACUGGUCAACAGCACGCCGCUGGUACAUCACGGUAGUGUCCGUCGUUCUAGUCGUCAAUGCUACCUUUGCCUCCUCAGGUCCUUCGGGAACCCUCGAGGGCAUUAGAGAAGAGUUUAACGUUUCGCAAGAGGCUGUUGGACUGGUCGUAACCCUAUUUCUACUGGGAUAUUGUUUCGGGCCACUGUUCUGGGCUCCCCUCUCCGAGUUCUAUGGCAGGAGAUGGGUUUUCUACAUCUCGUUCACCGGAUACCUCAUCUUUACCUUCCUCUGCGCCUUCGCCAACAACUUCGCCGCGCUUCUCAUCGGACGCUUCCUCACCGGCACUUUUGCUAGCUCGCCGCUAUCCAAUGCCCCGGGCGUCUUGGCUGAUAUAUGGGGAUCCAUUGAACGAGGAAAUGCCAUGGCGCUGUUCUCCAUGAUGACCUUUAUCGGGCCUGCAUUGGGGCCAGUCAUUGCGGGAUUCUUGGAGCUCAAGGAGAACUGGAGGUGGGAUUUUUAUGUGAUGCUUAUUUUCGGCGGGGUUACAGAACUCUUGAUGUUCACGAUCCCCGAGACUUUGCCUACUCAAGUUCUGUUGAACAAAGCGAGACGGCUCAGACGACUGAAGAUUCCUGGAUACGAAAACGUUCAGGCGCCCGUGGAGCAAACCGAUCGGUCGCUGGGGGGCAUUUUCCGCGUUGCUCUUACUAGGCCUUGGAAGAUCCUGGUGGAUCCGAUAUCGCUAUUCGUCGCCAUAUACCUGUCGGUCGUCUACACCCUGCUCUACAUGCUUUUCACCAUCUAUCCUAUCGUUUUCCAGCAAAAGCGAGGCUGGAAUUCUGGGGUUGGUGAGCUUCCAUUGCUUGGGACUGCUGUCGGAGCUGUCCUUGGUGGUGCGGUGAUAUUUACUACUUCUGCGCGAGACAGAAAAAGGCAGGCGGCCGGAUACGUAGGUCGGCCAGAGGAUAGAUUGGAAGUCGCAAUGGUUGCUGGGAUUCUGUUCCCGAUAACCAUGUUCUGGUUCGCAUGGAGUGGAGAAUACAACAGUGUGCACUGGAUCGUUCCCACACUCGCCGGAGUAUUCCUCGGCCAGGCAAUCAUCCUCAUUUUCGUAGCCUAUCUCAACUACCUGACCGACUCGUACCUUGUGUACGCCGCCAGCGCUCUCGCCGCCAACACUGUAUGUCGAUCCGCUGGUGGUGCCGCCGCACCACUAUUCACGCAGUACAUGUUUGAUGCGCUUGGAGUCGGCGGUGGCGGCUCGUUGAUUGGCGGUGUAGCCGUCCUACUAGCACCCAUCCCAUUCAUCUUCUACAAAUACGGAGAAGGGAUUCGGAAACGAUCUAAAUUCGCGCCCACGCCCGGGCAUUUGAACAUUGAGCAAGAGACUCCAUGGGAGCUAGCUCAGGAAGCUGAUUCGACUAGCGUGAGCAGCAACAGCCACCACUCGAGUUCCGAGAGCACGGCCACCGAAGAAGGAGGUCCAGUCCAAGGAGUUCAGCUUGAGGGGGUUGGUGCUGAUGUUAUUGAAAAGGCAGAGGCUAGACGAGAAGUCGGUGCUGAUGCUGAGCAGGGGAAGAAAAUAAAAGAAGGUCCGGAGAGGGACUUGGAAAAGGGAGGAUUGUAG